AUGGAUAGAAAAAGUUCUUCAGAUAAGUCAGAUAUAACUCCCAGUCUCCUCUAUAAUUAAUUGGUUUUUGUUUUCCAAAUUCUAAUCUUAUAUUUUAGAAAGAUCUUAUCUAUUUUCUAAAUUUAGAUUCGCAUAUAAGCUAUCUAAAAUUUAACAGACUCAGCUAGAGAAUUUAUUAUUAUAAUAAUUUUUAGUUACAUGAAACAAGAAGUCUAUUUCCAAAAAACUUUUAUUUUCUCAAAAUAGGAUUUCAGUGAUUUUGCUCAUCACAGAUAAGGUAAGCUACUGGUUCAGCUCAGAUGAGUACAGGACUAUGAAAAGACAAAUUCAUAGCGACGUAGAGUCUGACUUUACAGAAAGAUUCACAGAUUUCGACUCUAGACUAAAGACAGUUGAGACCAGAGUUGAAACCAUUGAGGCCAAUGUAGAGCAAAUCGACACCAAAGUCCAGCAGAUCGACACCAAAGUCCAGCAGAUUGAAACCAAAGUCCAGCAGAUCGAAACCAAAGUCCAGCAGAUCGACACCAAAGUCCAGCAGAUAGAAGCCAAAGUCGAGCACAUGGAAGAAGAAAUUGGAGAAAUCGGCACCAAAGUUCAGCAGAUCGACACCAAAGUCCAGAAGAUCGACACCAAAGUCCAGCAGAUCGACACCAAAGUCCAGCAGAUCGACACCAAAGUCCAGCAGAUCGACAACAGAGUUCAAGAUAUCGGUACAAAGAUUGAUCAAAUUGAAGGGAAAUUCAACCAAUUUGAAAAUUCAGUUUUAAGUCUUUUAGCCUCGCAAACUGAAUCAUUAAAUAAGCUUCUAGCUCAAGCUAAAUAA